AUGAAGCCCUCCGCCUCGUUGCUCCUGCUGACCGCCCUGGUGGGCAUCAUUGCUCGGGCGUCUCCGAGCGAGAAAGUGGGUACGGUCAUCAAGCUCGCUGGCAAAGACAACUACCUCUUCGUCGAGCUCGACAAUGCCUUUGAGGCCGACACGCGCAGUCCUUCGGUCAACCUCUGCCUCGACUCUCCGGGCGUCAGGGACUGGACGUUCGCCUACAAGCCGGGCGGUUCCGCAAUGUACCCGCGCUACUCGAAGGAGCAGGACAGGCACACGUUCGUCAAGGCGCAGGACUGCUCCCAAGGUGGCAGUCGCUGCGCGACGUGGUCUCGAGCCACCUCUGCGGACGGAUUCGGCUGCUUUGUCCUCAUCGACAAGAAGGGCUGGACUCCGCCCGACCUUGCCGCCGCCGCGAAGAGGAACGCGAUGACGUUUGCGGAUGUUCAGAUCAUCGUAAGAGCCAUCGAGGACGAGGUCAAGAGGAACGAUCUCGGCAUCAUCGACGUCAAGAAGCGCACUUUCCUCGGCAUCCUCCCCGACACCUGCGACGUCAGGCAGGACACGACGGGCUGCAAGAAUUUCUGA